AUGCAGAGGGUAACCCAGGACAUCGGAAGAGAAGGUGCUCGCUCUGAGAGAGGCUUGCCCCGGAAUGGCCAGCAGCCUAACGCUUACGGCUUUAAGCGCCAGCAAGGCAGCAGACUCAGGGCAGAGCAAGGGCUCCGCCUGACCGGGAACAAGAACUUGGCCCGGGCAUCCCACACGUGCCUCGAAUGCCAGGCUGCUGCUGUUCACAAGGGGUUGGAGAGAGGAGCCAAAAAUCAGUUUUCCACUUUCAGCAAUUUCAUCACAACUAUCAACCAAAAGAAAGAAGGCAUCGGAAACAGAAAUUCGCCUACGCUUGUUAUACCCAACAUCAAAAAUGUGAGAGACCUACCACCUAUUUGCCUGGAUGUACGACAAAAGCAGCGCAUAUCUAUAGAUACACUACCCCAAGAACUGAAAGCACCGAUUCCUCCUGAACCUUCCCUUCCCAUCCGAACCAAAACUGUGAAAGAUUUUCAGGAUGAUGUGGAAAAGGCUAAGUCAUCAGGAUAUUGGAAAGCUGUACAUGAUUUUUAUUCUACAACAUUUGAUUCUUUCCUGGAGAUAAAUGCUGCAUUUAAGAAAGAUACUAAUUCUCCGUUUAAUACCAUUGAGGACUCUGGAAUCAAUGCAAAAUUUGUGAAUGUUGUCUAUGAUGCCUUAUUAAAUACUCCUCAAGAUGUUCAGAAGUCAGUCCUAAAAGGAAUAAUUAAUGGGCUGCUACAAGAAUGGAAAGGGCCACGAACGAAAGAUGAUCUUAGAGCAUACUGUAUACUUUUACAGAAUCCUCAAUUUAGUAACACUUCUACUUAUGUCAUCUAUGCUCACUUGCUAAGACAGAUAGCAGCCUUAACAGAAGCUGACCAUCAUUUCCUAGUGCACUGGUCUAAAAAGAUUUCACAGAGGAGGUUCAAGCAGCUGGUGGACAGGUUGCUGCAAUUUAUUUCUUUACGCCUGUUUCCUGCAAAACCUGAAGAGUUUCCACCUAUGGUGAAAUGUACCUGGUGGAUUCCAUCAGCAACCAAAGUCCUGGCUUUAUUUAAUGCUGCAAAUAGUCUGAUCAGUCCUCCUAUUAUUUCAUACACGGACUUCUAUAAUUCUACACUUGAUCAUAUUGAUCUUAUGGAAGAAUAUCAUAACUGGCAAUGUUAUGGAAAUUCUCACAGCAGGUUUUCUUUCUGUCAAUACCCAUUUAUUAUUUCUAUAGCAGCAAAAAAAGUAAUUAUUCAAAGGGACUCAGAACAACAGAUGAUCAGUAUUGCACGACAAAGCCUUGUGGAUAAAGUCUCCCGCAGACAGAAACCUGACAUGAACAUGUUGUUCCUAAAUGUGAAAGUGAGGAGGACGCACCUAGUUAGUGAUUCACUUGAUGAGCUAGCGAGGAAGAGGGCAGAUCUGAAAAAGAAGUUGAAAGUCACAUUUGUAGGGGAAGCUGGUCUUGAUAUGGGUGGCCUGACAAAAGAAUGGUUUCUUCUUCUCAUUCGCCAGAUUUUUCACCCAGAUUAUGGCGAUAACUAUUCUGAAUUCCGAUUGGUUGGAGCUCUUAUGGGACUUGCUGUAUAUAAUAGCAUCACCUUGGAUAUUCGUUUCCCACCUUGCUGUUACAAGAAACUAUUGAGUCCUCCCAUUGUUCCCUGUGAUCAUAACACACUUGUAGGCAUUUGUGAUGUCACAUUAGAUGACCUGUUUCAGAUUAUGCCUGAAUUGGCCCAUGGACUAAGUGAACUUCUAUCCUAUGAAGGCAAUGUCGAAGAGGAUUUUUACUCAACCUUUCAGGUUUUUCAGGAAGAAUUUGGUGUUAUAAAAUCUUACAAUUUAAAGCCAAAUGGAGAUAAAAUUCCAGUGACAAAUCAGAAUAGGAAAGAAUAUGUGCAGCUCUAUGUUGAUUUUCUUCUCAACAAAUCAAUCUACAAACAAUUUGCUGCUUUCUAUUAUGGAUUUCAUAGUGUCUGUGCUUCAUAUGCGUUACUGCUGCUUCGUCCAGAAGAGGUUGAAAUUCUUGUCUGUGGCAGUCCUGAACUGGAUAUGUCCGCUUUACAGCGAAGCACCCAAUAUGAGGGCUACCAAAAAACUGAUCUUACUAUACGAUACUUUUGGGAUGUAGUACUUGCAUUUUCUCUUGACCUUCAAAAGAAGCUGCUACAUUUUGCUACUGGAAGUGAUAGAGUACCUGUGGGAGGAAUGGCUGAUUUGAAUUUCAAGAUUUCAAAGAGUGAAACGUCCACUAAUUGGUUACCUGUGGCCCACACCUGCUUCAACCAGCUUUGUCUCCCUCCUUACAAGAACAAGAAGGAACUGAAGCAGAAGUUGAUCAUUGGAAUUUCAAAUGCAGAGGGUUUUGGCCUAGAAUAAAAUGAAAUACUUCAAGAACAGCAUUUUUAUGUAGCAUUCACUCUCUUCUAAUUGUGCCUUUAAGCUUUUUGUCGUUAUGUCUCUUGAUACUGUGCCAGUCUUACCCAACUUAGAUAUACUUUUUUUUAAAUUAAAUAUAAAGUGUAUGUUUUUUCCUGAAUGGCAAUACAUUUACUGCUUGCUUUGUCACAAAAAGUAGCUUUCUUCA